AUGGAUCUUUUAAACACAACACCAUUACAACUCUUCCAAACCAAAUCACUCCCAGAGAUCCAAGAUCUCUCUUCACAAUUAUCCUCGAUCUCUAUAAGGAAACAUGAUGAAAUUAGAAAUCUUGUUGGUUCAAAAUAUAGAGAUUUAUUAAUUAGUGCAGAUGAAAUUAAACAAAUGGAAACAUUGGCGUAUAAAGAGGAUAAACAAUUGUAUGAUUUAGUGUUUAAUGCUGGAGGGAAACGUCUUGAUGAAAGAAAUGUCGAAAGGUUUUUUACUAAAGAGGAAAAGAAGGUGGGAGGUUUUAAUCAUGUUUUGGAAAAUAGUGAAUUUUUCAUAAAAUUGAGUAAAUUUUUGAAAAUUGAUCAAGAUUAUUCAUUUGACAAGAUUUAUGAAAUUAUUAAUGAAUUGGGGAAUAAUUGGGGUGAUGGGAAGGAUAUAUUUGUUAUAUUGGAGAAAUUUAAACAAGUUGAAAUUAUAUUGUUUGAUAAAGUUGACAAGAUUGAUGAUAUUGAAGAAUUAUUUAAAUUGAGGAGUUUUAUAAGUGGGAAUGUGAAUUUCAAUUUAAACAAGUUUGAUGAAAGAUUGUUUGGGAAAAUUUUAAAAAUGAUUAAAAUUGAUGAAUUUAUUGAUUUGAAAUUAAUCUUGAUAAAAUUUCCAAAUUUCCAAAAUGAAUUGAAACAAACAUUUGCUAAUGAAAUAAUUGACAACCUUGAAACUAAUGAAUCAUUAAUUAAUGAAUUACAUGACCCUAAAGAUACUUUAAAACUUUAUGAAUUAAAAUUUGAUCAAGAUUAUUUAACAAAUAUUGAUUACCUUAGUAAAGGUUUAAUUAAUAAACAAUAUCAAGAUAUAAGUGAUUUUUUCAACAAGAUUGGGAAAAAUUUAAACUAUUUAAAAUUAAUUAUAAAUCCCAAAAGUGAUGAAUUUAAACAAUUUGAAUUGAAAUAUAAUCAAGUUUUACAAAAAUUUAGAAAUCAUGCAGAAUUUGAAAAUAAUAAACUACUGAUCAAGUAUUUAAAUAAGAUUUCAUAA